CCUUCAGUUUCAGAUUUUGAUCCAACAAAGGAGGAUUUCACAUUAUACUGCUCUCUGUGGAGAUACAGUGAUCUGGGUUCCUGUCCAGGGAAAAGUUUCCACUGGCUGGAUGAGAAAAGAACUGAACUGACUGGUGAAAGUAGUGAACACUUUGAUGAUCGCAGUUUAAGACGAAGAUGUGUUUCCUCUCUAACUGUGAAGCAUCAGAGCGACACCAACAGAAGAUUCACCUGCCAGUUCAGAGAAGGAAACAAAGUGAAAGUUGAAGUUCAACACACACGAGUCCAUCUCUACCACAGAGCUGGAGAUGAAGCUGUUCUAUCCUGUAACAGACCUUCAUCAUCCGACUCGUGUUCCUCUGUUGACUGGAGUUAUGAGAGAAACAACAGCAACAGGAAACAGGAAGUUCAUGAAGGAAUGGUUCAGAGUUCAUCUCGUUCUGCCAGGCUGAGUUUGGACAGAAACUGUUCUCUGAUCAUCAACAACAUCACAGCUGAUGAUGCUGGACGUUACAGCUGCAGAUAUUAUACACAUGUUUAUCUAAAUGUGAUGACCAUUUCUGCAUCUUCAACAGAUGCUGAUCCAAAAAACAAUGAAUUGACAUUAAGAUGUUCUCUGGAGAGAUUCUGGUCGGGUUCUUGUCCAGGUGAAAGUCUCCUCUGGGUGGAUGAGACAGGAUCUGAACUGACUGAAGGUGAUGGAUAUAAAUCAGGAGGACAGACUGGUUGUGUUUCUUAUCUGACUGUGAAUCUUCAGAGCAGCAGAAGAUUCACCUGCCAGUUUGUUGAAGGAAAAACAGUGAAGAUAGAAACUCACUAUGGAUCUGAAGCAGCUCCUGGUAAAAUCAGCUCCACCAUCAUCAUCCUCGUUGGAUCGCUGAUCGGCGUUCUGCUGCUGCUGCUUGUUUCUGCUGUUUUCAUCAAACUCAGGAAAACCAGAAAUAAAGAGGAUCACAAAACCACAGCAGAACAUCAAGAUUCAGCCACUGAUAAUCAUCAAUAUGAUGAGCUGCAGGCCGACCUGACCUAUGCUGCUGUUCGCCACUCCAAACCCUCCGAGAAGAUGAAGGUCAAACCGGAUGAAGAAACUGUGAUUUAUUCUGCUGUGAGGACUAAAAAGAAGACUGAGGUGGACAUGGAGCCCAGCGACCUCUACAGCUACCUGACUGAGCCAAAAUGAAGAAACAGGAAGUGAGACGUUAAUAAAACGCUUUACAGGAAGUGAGUUGUUGGGUUUGAGUUUCAGCGACAGCAAAUAUUUAGUUUAAGUUUGGGACGUUUUCUGUUGUUUUUAAAUGAUCAUAACUAUUUCUUAGUGGAAAAGUUUUAUGAAAAAGUUUUAUGUUUGUGAAAUAUGUGGACUGUAAAUACUGAACUAAAGAGAAACAGCAUGACUAUGUAGUAAGUGAUGCAUUAAGAUGCAGAACUGCAAAUAUUCAAGGAAAAUGUUGACUUGAUCAUUUAAAUCCAUCUUUAUUGUGUAAAGAGUUGAGUUUGUUGCAUUUAAAAUGCAACAACCUCAAAGCUCAUUUUCACUUUUUUACUUUUGGAUUUAUCUAAAAUGUUUUUUAUUUUUUUAUUAUUUAGCUCUCCUGAGUUUAUACAGCAGAUUGUUUUGAACGUUUCAGCAAAGCUUGAGUUUAAACCUCCAAGUUUCCAUGUUUGGCUCUGCCUGCUGCUCUUCAGAGUCCAGUUUAAAGAUCCUGGUUCUGGAUCACAGAUCAGGGUGGAAACACACUGUGAUCGUCUCUCUGAGUCUCAGGCAUCUGGACUCUGUUGUUUAUUUUAUAAGCAGCUAGAAGUUCAUCUUUUAAACCAGAUACUCAGUUAAUAUUGUUUUGUGUUUCUGUUGUGCAUUGUUUUGAACAGCUAUGUAAAACCUAUUUUGAAAUUGCUAUUAUGUAUGAAAGUUGAAAAUAAAACAUUAUCUUUGGUUA